UGAGAGAGGAGCUCGGCAGAGCUCACGGUGUUUCCGCUGGUGGAGGUCUGUCACCGGGCCGGUCUUCACGUGUUAGAGCCGCAGAGCCGCGGCUCAGAGUCGGACUGAAGUCGGACUGAAGUCGGACUGAAGUCAGCUGCAGGGAGAACACGAACUCCUCACACACAGCUGACCUGGAUUUGUUUGGUUUUGAUUCUUUUUAUUAGUAUAUUUUUCAUGACCAAUGAGGAAAAGUCUCCAGAGAUUCUCGGUCUGGAGGUGAAGUUUGGCUCCUGCUUAAAACUGACGACUAUGAUUGAAAGCCGAGACUGAGGCUCCUGACAGGAUGAAUCGUGGUUUCCUCCUCCUGGUGCUGCUGCUCUGGGCCCCCGGCCCCGGUGCCCUCGGCCAGUGUGACAAAUCGUUUGAGAACAACAAACUCAACCUCUCAGUCAACUACCAGCUGCCAACCUUCACGGCAGACUUCCCCAUUGAAAACCUGGUGACGCUGGACGGACAGAUCUACGUGGGGGCGGUGAAUCGAAUCUACGCCCUGAACCCAGACCUGACCAAGCUCUCAGAGUACCACACGGGCCCGCUGUUCGCCAAUGAGACCUGCGGUCAGACCCUGACCCAAACCACAGGCGGCGGCCGGGUGGACAACCACAACAUUGCCCUAGUGGUGGAGACCAUUUAUGACAAGGGAUUGUACAGCUGCGGCUCGGCGGACAACGGCGUGUGUCGACGUCACGUCCUGGAUGAAGGCCAUCUGCCAAAAACGGUAGACGAAGACGUCUCCUGCUUCGCUGACCGGGUUACCCUCGGCACCGGUCAACCCACCGGCCCAGACGUUGUGGUCGGCCCGUCGGGCGCUCAGGUGCUGAACGUGGAGACCAACCUCAUCACGUUCUUUGUUGGCAACUCUGAGAUCCCUGGGCUCGAAAACGUCAACAGACGUGAAACGUCGUCUCACACGCUGUCGGUGAGAAAGAUGAGGACGAGUCAGAACGGCUUUGAGUUCUUCUCCAGCCAGUCCUACAUGGACUUGAUUCCGUCCCUGCGUGGGAACUACUACCUGCGCUACGUUCACUCUUUCAGCAGCGGACCUUUCACCUACUUCCUCACGGUGCAGAGGGUGAGCAGGGACUCUCAGACCUACCACACCCGCAUCGUCCGAAUGUGCUCCUCGGAUCAGAUGAUACGCCGCUACAUGGAGAUGCCCCUCGAAUGCAUCAGCACCGAUAAGAGGCGGCGGCGGCGGCGCUCCACGGAAGAUGUGAAAGUCUUCAACAUCCUGCAGGCGGCUCACGUCACCAAGGUGGGAAACGACGUGGAGCUCCAGAGGCUGUUGAGGGUGGAGGAGGGCGAUGACGUGCUGUUCGCCGCCUUCGCUCGAGGAAAAGCCAACUCUCCGGAGCCGACUCCUAACUCGGCCGUCUGCAUCAUGUCCCUCAAACACAUCAACGCCAUGUUCAAGAUGUACAUGCAGAAAUGCAACACAGUGGACCCGUAUCACUUCACUGGAUCGGAUCAGAAGUCCUGCUACAACGCGAGCACGUCUGACGACUGUGACCCACAUGAGGGCAUCCACGAGGGCAAAGAGGGCAAGUACCGGCUGCAGGUGACCCAGUUCGUGCAGAGGUUGGAGUACUGGCACAAAGAGCUGACCGACACGCUGGUCACCGCCAUAACUGUGGUUCCGCUUCACGGCCGCACGGUGGUGUACCUGGGUACUGCGGACGGACGCCACAUACAGGUGCUUUUCUCCCGCUUUGCCUCCCCUCACGUCAACAUCCGACUGGACUGGCGGCCGGUCUCCUCCAGCGUGGCGCUGCUGGACUCCAGCGACUCAGAGGGGGCGCUGCUCAUCGCCACGGGAAACAAGCUGACUAAGGUUCCUCUGAUUGGCCCUGGCUGUGAUCAGCUGACCAGCUGCACUUCCUGUCUGCUGUCGUCCAAGGUGACUCAGUGUGGGUGGUGUGACGGACGCUGCACCAGAGCCCACCAGUGUCCGUCCUCCGUGUGGACGCAGCAGUACUGCACUCCAGUCAUCACUAAGUUUUCUCCAUCUUCUGGUCCAAUCCGAGGCUCGACAGUCGUCACGAUCUGUGGUCAAAACUUCGGCUUCGACAAGACGGAGAGUUUCAAGGCUGCGUUGGUGACGGUGGACGUGGCCGGAGCUCCGUGCAAACUGCCCAGACACGACAGUAUCAACGGGUGGAGCGAGCUGCAGUGUAACCCGGUGUUCAGUGGGAACUUCACGCCAUCAGGUCACACGGUGAAGGUCACCACACUCAACAAGGUGGCCAGGAUGGACGGCUUCACUUUUGUGGAACCUGUGAUCCAUGAAAUCUUCCCAACGUUUGGACCAAAGUCCGGCAACACCAUGCUGACCGUCCGAGGAGCGUUCCUCGAUACUGGAAACAAACAGGAAGUGACAGUUGGAACGGCGCUCUGUAAAAUACAGAGCUUGUCCUCCACCAUGUUGACCUGUAAGACGCCUCCUCACGCGUUUCCCUCUGAGCAAGUGGUGAAGCUGACGGUGGAUUCGGUGGAGGUUCUGGCUCCGAGGCUCUUCACCUACAACCAGGACCCCAUCAUCAACAGCAUCCAGCCCUCGCGCUCCUUCGUCAGUGGAGGCUGCACGGUGUCAGCUCACGGCUUCUUCCUCCAGUCCGGCCUCCAGCCCCAGAUGGUCCUCACCACUGGCCAGGACGCCCAAGUCUUCCAUGUGAGCUGUGUGUUCGGUGAGAACAGGACCUCCAUCCAGUGCACCACACCGUCUCUGGCUAAGCUGGCCCUGCAGCCCCCGGUGGUCACCAAGGUGGCGUUCGUCCUGGACGGCUACUCCACCGAUCAGUGGGACCUGAUUUAUGUGGAGGACCCACUUUUCCAGGACCCAAAACUGACCUCCAAGGACAACAAAAGCAUAGUGGAGCUGAAGGGCGACCGUAUGGACAGAGAAGCCAUGAAAUGUCAGGUCCUGACUGUGUCCAACCACAGCUGUGAGACUCUGACUCUGGUCGGGAACACUCUGGAGUGCACCGUCCCCACUGAGCUGCAGGCUAAUCCAGCCAAGGAGCUGCAGGUGGAGUGGCGUCAGGCGGACUCCAUCCGAACCCUGGGUACGGUGACUCUGGCUCAGGAACCGGACUACACGGCUCUGAUCGUGGGCUGUGUCUGCGUUAGCCUGAUCCUGCUGCUGCUGGGAACGCUGCUGCUGUGGAAGAGGAACAAACACAUCGACGAUCUGUCUGAAGUUUGGUACGACGGCCGCGGCCACAUCCAGCAUCUGGACAGGCUAGCUAACGCAAGGAGCGUUAGCCCAACCAAUGAAAUGGUUUCCCACGAGUCAGUGGACUAUAGAACCACCCUGCUGGAAGAUCAGGGCACAGACAGGCCUGAGACGUGCCGGGCAGCCGCUCCUAUCUUUGGUGGCAACGGCGAGCUGAUGUCUCCCAGACUGGGGGCGCUGGGCGCCGGGAUGGGUCUGGGGAUGGAUGGCGAGCUGAUGUCACCUUUGCUGAUGGCUCCGGUCCACAUAGACCCGUCCUGUCUCCACCCGGACCUGCUGACAGAGGUGCAGCACGUGGUGAUCGCCAGGGAACAGCUGCUGCUCCACCUCAACCAAAUCAUCGGCAGAGGUCACUUUGGAUGUGUUUUCCAUGGAACUCUGCUGGAACCAGACGGGCAGAAGCAGCACUGUGCCGUCAAGUCUUUGAAUCGCAUCACUGAUCUGGAGGAGGUGUCGCAGUUCCUGAAGGAGGGCAUCAUCAUGAAGGACUUCAGCCACCCCAAUGUCCUCUCUCUGCUGGGAAUCUGUCUGCCACCAGAGGGCUCCCCACUGGUGGUCCUGCCCUACAUGAAGCACGGCGACCUGCGCAACUUCAUCCGUGAUGAGGCUCACAACCCGACAGUCAAAGAUCUGAUGGGGUUCGGGCUGCAGGUGGCCAGAGGGAUGGAGUAUCUGGCCAGCAAGAAGUUUGUCCACAGAGACCUGGCCGCCAGAAACUGCAUGUUGGACGAGAGCUACACCGUGAAGGUUGCAGACUUUGGUUUGGCCCGGGACGUCUACGAUAAGGAGUAUUACAGUGUCCACAACAAGAGCGGAGUGAAGUUACCGGUCAAGUGGAUGGCUCUGGAGAGUCUGCAGACGCACAAGUUCACCACCAAGUCUGACGUGUGGUCAUUUGGCGUGUUGCUGUGGGAGCUGAUGACCCGCGGAGCGCCACCGUACUCCGAUGUGAACUCCUUCGACAUCACCGUGUUCCUCCUGCAGGGGAGGAGGCUGCUGCAGCCCGAGUUCUGCCCCGAUGCCCUCUACACGGUCAUGAUCGAGUGCUGGCAUCCAAAGCCGGAGCGCCGGCCCUCGUUCUCCGAGCUCGUGUCGCGUAUUUCCUCCAUCUUCGCCAGCUUCACCGGGGAGCACUACGUCCUGCUCAACACCACCUACGUCAACAUCGACAAGAUGAGUCCUUACCCUUCUCUCCUCGCCUCCACUUCCACAAAUCCCACUUUUUCUCCACCCUCAAAUGAUCCCUGCACGUCCACGUCCCUGCCUUCCCCGUCCCACUUCCUUUGCCACGUGGAGCGAGACUGCUGCACCUGAAGCAGCAGAACCAGGAGAGCAGGAGGUGAAGAACUGCUGUACGUUCUCGUCCAACACUGGACACUGAGUGACUGAGGAAGAACAGCUUCUGUGCUUUGUUCACUUCAUGUACAUAGACCCCUUGACAUUUGACCUUCCCAAGCAUCAAGGAACGACAGGGGCCACGUAGGGCGCUGACCUCAUGGACUGCCCCCUGUGACCUUUUAUUAACCCUGGGGAGGAGGAGGUCAGCUUUCCUUGGUUUUCUACAGAGCACGUGAACACCUCCUCCAAGGUCUUACAGCCGAUGAAAUCCAUCGAGACAGAAAGUCAUUCAUCAACCCAGACCAGUGACUGCUGCACCCACACCAGGCCGGCAUGGAUUUCCUCGGGAACCCGUCCCAUCAGGGUGGUCCAUGCUCCGAUACGCGGAUGUGGCUUGAACCUUGUCACUGACUUUAAUGUGAAUGUUCGACAAAUGGUCGUAUUAUUAAUAAUCCACGCCUCCACCGACGAUCAGACCUGCUGUGAUACAUCUGCUGCCUCAGGGGAGUAAACCAAGGCAUGCAGGAGGUGAUGGUAAUGGCAGUGUGGGCGUGAGGUGGGAUGUAUUAAAAAAAAA